ACACUAGAAAAAUGGUUGGGUUUAAAAAGUCUGUUAUGUGUGGGAGCUAAUGGAAGUAGAAUCCUCGUAACAACACGAAAUAGAUCAGUUGCUUUACUCGUGAAUCCUUCAUACAUGCAUUCUUUGAAAGGUCUUCCCCACAAAGACUGCAUGUCCUUGUUCAUCAAAAGGGCAUUGAAGAAAGGAGAGGAACAACGCUAUCCACAUUUGAUAGAAAUUGGAGAGGAUAUUGUGAACAAGUGUGGAGGAGUUCCUUUAGCUGUAGCAACUCUAGGGAGCAUGCUCUAUUUGAACAGAGAGCCAGACCGAUGGUUGAGUGUGAGAGAUGAUGACAUGUGGAGUAUAGGAAAUGACCAUAUUCUACCUGCACUCAAAUUGAGCUAUGAUGCAUUGCCACAACACUUGAAACCAUGUUUUGCAUUUUGUUCACUUUUCCCAAAGGAUUUUGAAUACUAUAGUGAGUCACUAGUUGACCUGUGGGUAGCACAAGGCUACCUCAAAACAUGUAAAAAAAAUGAAGAUCUUGGUAAAAUGGGUAUGGACUAUAUAAGACAGUUCUGCUCUAGAUCAUUGUUUCAAGUUGAAAACGAUUUCAAAACCAUUAUGAUGUUUAAAAUGCAUGAUCUAGUUCAUGAUAUAGCAAUUUCGGUGGCACAAACAGAGUACUCCACAGUCAAUUUUCGUCCCUCUAGUGCUUUUGAAAUGGUUCGACAUGUGUCAAUAUCCGACAAAGACAUGCUUGGACAAGAAGCACAAGUGCCUGAUUUCAUAUUCAAGUCAACCAAAUUGCGUUCCUUUCUAAUUCCAUCUAGAGCUGGCAAGAUGAUGAAUCAACGUUUUGUAAAGACAUGCAUCUCGAGAUUCAAAUAUAUGCGGGUGCUAGAUCUCAGUGGGUCGCCCCUUGAGAAGCUACCAAGUUCCAUUGGUAGUUUGUUUCAUCUGAGAUUUCUCGACUUGUCUUCCAAUGAUAAGAUAAAAAGGCUUCCGAAUUCCAUCUGUAAUUUACUGAAUUUGGAGUCCUUGAUCCUUCGUCAAUGUACCGCACUUGAGGAGAUACCCAAAGACAUAGGGAACCUGAUCAACCUCCGAAGCUUGGCGAUAACUGCACAGCAGAAGUAUUUACCAAAAGGAAUUAGUCGCCUCACUUCACUCCAACUUUUACAUUUUUUUGGAUGUGUCAAUCUGAUGACUUUGGGGGAAGAGAUCCAAUUCCUCACUAACCUUCGUAGAUUGGGGAUUUCCAACUGUGAAAAUUUGGAAUCCUUGCCACCAAAUAUGAAACUCUUGACCGCUCUGCAUAGUCUACAUAUAGAUGAGUGUAAAAAGCUUGAUUUGAUGAAAACCAGAGAAGGCCCUCAAGGUCUUAGAUCAUUUAUCAUCUGCGUUUCAGAUUUAGAGGUUUUGCCUCCCUGGCUUGAAGAUUCUGCAAAAGUUUUGCAGAGCAUAACAGUCGCGGGGUGUGAUAAUCUGACUGAACUUCCGGAACUGCAAAAAUUUACAUUCCUCGAGCAACUAUUGAUUGGAAGUUGUUCCAAUUUGUUAGCUUUACCGCAAGGGUUACAUUGCCUCACUGAGUUGAGAGAAUUGGAAAUUAAUGAUUGUCCCAAACUGAGCAAGAGCUGCAAAAGGCAAUUAAAAGGUGGGGACUGGUCCAAGUUUGCACGGGAGGCAAAGAUUACACUUGACUCUGAUGUGGAUACGGACGAAGAGGAAGACAAAGAUGAAGGUGCUUUCGACGAUCACAAUGCUAUCUCAAGUGAUAAUAAUUAGAUCUCCAGAGUUGCAACAGAACUGCAGCUAGGUGAUUUAGAAUGAAGCAACAGUACACCACGUACUGCACUUGGCUACUUGCAUUCUACUAAUAUGCUUCGGUCACCACGGAGCAAUUGCAGAUGCGGCGGCUCUUUCUCUUUGGGUCUUUGCAUGCCUGGUUUAGGCCUGUAGUCUUUCUUUGUAUGUUUAUGCCUAUUGGCUUUGUUUUUCCUGCCUGGCUAGUUUCUGGGUUUUGUGGUUGUUCAUCUCUCCUGUC